UUCAAUUGACAGCCAUGGCGAUUUCUGUAUAUUUAGUCAAGAAAUGCGCGCUUACUUGCUCAUCCAAACUGAUAACUCUCUCUCUUCGUUUCUGGAGGAACCGCAUCAGAUUCUUUCACGGAUUUUCAUUCUUGCUGCAAAAAUCUGAAUCCACAGAUGAGUCAAUAGUGAAGGAUUCAAAUUGAAGCAACAUCAUCAAGGAUGAAAGCAUUAUCAUCUGGACUUAUAAUUGGAUUAUCGAUAGGAGUGGUGUUAGGAGUACUUCUAGCCCUAAUUCUCAUACUGAUUUGCAUUCGGUUUCGAUUGAUAAGUACACAAGUAGAGAACACUACUAGUUCACAACGAGCAGCGACUAUACCUAUUCGGACUAAUGUCUCUGUUGACUCUUCAGCAAUAUCAAACUCAUCUAUUGGCACAGAAUCACCAAGGAGUUCAUCUGGAAGGAAUGGUAUGUCUUUAUGGUUUGGAGGAGCUAGGAAAACAAAAACAAACGGAAUUGCAGCAUCUGGAAUAUUAGAAUAUCCUUAUAAGGAAUUGCAGAAGGCUACCCACAACUUCACUAACUUGAUAGGACAAGGGGCGUUUGGUCCUGUCUACAGAGCCCAAAUGUCAACUGGCGAGAUUAUUGCAGCUAAGGUUCUUGCAACUGAUUCCAAACAAGGAGAAAAAGAGUUUCAAACAGAGGUGAUGUUACUUGGGAGGUUACAUCACAGGAAUUUGGUGAACUUGGUAGGCUAUUGUGCAGAAAAGGGUCAACAUAUACUCAUGUAUGUUUAUAUGAGUAAUGGAAGUCUAGCUUCUCAUUUGUACAGCGAAAAGCAUGAACCUUUGUUAUGGGAUUUGAGGGUUCGAAUAGCUUUAGACGUAGCAAAAGGAUUGGAAUAUCUCCAUGAUGGGGCUGUUCCUCCUAUUAUACAUCGAGACGUAAAAUCGCCCAAUAUUUUGCUGGAUGGAAACAUGGGAGCAAGGGUAGCUGAUUUUGGGCUUUCUAGGGAGGAAAUGGUGAACAAACCAUCCAAUAUUCGUGGAACUUUUGGCUAUCUCGAUCCUGAAUACAUAUCGACAAAAACAUUCACAAAGCAAAGUGAUGUCUAUAGCUUCGGGGUGUUGCUGUUCGAGCUCAUUGCUGGCCGAAAUCCUCAGCAGGGUCUCAUGGACUAUGUUGACCUUGCAGCUAUGAAUGUGGAAGGAAAAGUUGGUUGGGAGGAGAUGGCAGACUCUCGACUAGAUGGGAAAUUCGACUUGCAAGAACUAAACGACGUGGCCUCUUUGGCAUACAAAUGUGUAAAUCGGGCACCAAAAAAACGACCUUCCAUGAGGGACAUAGUGCAAGAGCUAUUACGCAUUCUCAAUACGAGACAAGGAAAACACCAUAAGAAUUCUCUAUCCGCCGCAAGCAGCGACAUAACCAUAUUCGUUGACGAUAGAAGUGAACAUCGGAGUCCAUUAACUUGACAUUCGUAUCAUUGAAGAAUGUUUGUCGAUAGCUUACAACAUUUUUCUAUUUUUAUCUUUUAAACUAUAUACUUGUUCUAAUCAAGUUAUAGUUUUUCUUUGAAUGAAAUGACUAUAAUGAAUCUUUUGUCACUUAAUUGAUGUAUUUAUGAA